AAUUGUUGUGAGAGGCCGAGAGGAGGCGCUGGUGGUAGUGGCUCACGACGGAAGGUUGUUGUCCAUGCUGCCUUGCUCCAUAUGUUACUUGACCACUGAAAUUACAUGCUGGAAACGCAAAUUGCAAGAUGGGAAAGAAGAAGGGAAAUAAAACCGAGACAAAUGGAGAGGUGGAUGACUUGAUACAAGAUAUUGAGAAUGUUACUCCAAAGGAAGCUGGGAAGAAAGGCAAGAAGGGGAAGAAGAAGGGUGGGGAUUGGGAAGAUGAUGUCUUGAAGGACCUGGAAGACAUGACUCUGGAGGAAGAGGGUGGAGCAAAACCAGAUGAACCUGAGGAGUUCCCUUCUGAGAAGAAAAAGAAAGAAAAGAAAUCAAAGAAGGCAGCAAAGAAAGACUCUGAUGAUGAAGAAGAGAUUAUUAAGCCUACUAUGGGAGGAGGUUUUGCUGCUCUAAUGGAUGAUAUUGAUGAUCUUGGUGAUGAUGAUGAUGAUGAUGAUGAAAUGGAGGUGGAGCCAUCUGAGAGUAAGCCCAAGAAGGAUUCAAAGAAGAAAAAGAAAGAGGAGGCUGCAGAACCAGUCAGGGCAGCUGCUGAAGAUGACAAGGGAAAGAAGGGCAAGAAGAAGAAAGGAAAGAAGAAGGAUGAUGAUGAAGAGGACCUUGAUAAAAUUCUAGCUGAACUAGAGUCUGAGUACAAGGGAGAGAAGCCAAAGGAGGAGGUGAAGAAGGAGACCAAAAUGGAAGACCUCCCAGUGCCAGAACCAGUGGAAGAAGACACUGGAAAAAAGAAAAAGAAGAAGAAAAAGGAUCAGCCUGAGGAGCCAGCCACAGAAGUGUCUGCUCCAGCAGCAGAUGAGGCAGCAGAGGAGGCAGCUAGUGAUGAAAAGAAGGAUGAUGCAAAAGCAAAGAAGAAAAAGAAGAAGAAGGAAACACCAGAGGCUACACCAAAGGCUGAAUCAUCGGAGACCAAAGAAGGCACAGCAGCCCCUCAGGAAGAUGGAGAGGCUGAGGCUGAAGGGGAAGGUGCCAGUAAAAAGAAGAAGAAGAAAAAGAAGGGAGAAAAAGAUGAAGAGGAAGAUCUCAAGGCCAAGAAAGGUAAACCCAACAAAAAGAUGUUAGCAGCCAUGAAGGAAAUGUUGGCCAAGCAGAAGGAGCAAGAAGAAAAACUAAAGGCUGAAGAGGAGGAACGGCAGAGGAAGGAGGAGGAGAGGUUAAGACAGAUUGAAGAAGAAAAAAGGUUAGAACAAGAGAAGAAAGAACGUAAGAAACAAAAAGAGAAGGAAAGGAAAGAAAGGCUCAAAGCAGAAGGCAAGUUGCUGACUCCGAAACAGAAGCAGGAUAUGCGGCGUGCUCAGGGUCUUCUGGAGCAUCUUAAGGCACAGGGAGUCAGUUUGCCAGAAGCUGGAGAAAAGAGACCUCGGCCAGGCACACGAGUCAGGCCCAAGAAGAAGAGAGAGGAUAAAUCUGAUGAGCAAGAAGACCAACAAGAGCAGCUGCAGAGUGAGUCUGAGAAGAUGGAAGCAACAGAAGUGCUUAAAGGAGGAGAGGAGGAGGUGGCAGAUUCAUGGGAUCAAAUGGAAGAAGAGGAAGAGGAAGAAGAGGAUGUCAAAGAUGCUUGGGAUGAAACUGAUGAUGAUGAUGAUGAAGAGGAUGAAGAGGAAGAUGAUACAUCAGAGGCUACAAAGGCAUCCUUAGAUACAAAGAAGAGUGAAAGGGAUGAUGACAAUGAAGAUGAAGAUGAGGAGAGUGAAGAGGAAAGUGAGAGUGAAGACUCUGAGGAUGAACGGCAGACAGAAGCAGAGAAACGGAAACAAAGAGCCUUGAUGAGGAUAGCAAAGAGGAAAGAGGAGAGUGAGAAGAAACUCACGUUGGAUAACCUCCGUGCACCUGUGGUGUGUGUGUUGGGGCAUGUUGACCACGGAAAGACCAAGAUCUUGGACAAGCUGCGGCGAACCAAUGUGCAGGAAGGAGAGGUGGGCGGCAUCACCCAGCAGAUUGGUGCCACCAACGUGCCCACCCACGGCAUCCAGAGGCAGACACACAUGGUCAAAGAUUUUGACAUGGGCAAGCUCAAGUUCCCUGGCCUGCUCAUCAUUGACACACCUGGUCACGAGUCCUUCAGUAACCUGCGGUCCAGGGGCUCCUCCCUGUGUGACAUAGCUAUCCUGGUUGUAGACAUCACGCAGGGACUGGAACCUCAAACAGUAGAAUCAAUAAAUCUGUUGAAGAAGAAAAAAACUCCAUUUGUUGUGGCCCUUAAUAAGGUGGACAGAGUAUUUGAGUGGGUGUCCAACCCUUCUAAGGAUAUCAGGGAGAUAAUCAAGACACAGAAGGAGCCAUCAAAGAAUGACUUUGAACGAAGGUGUAAGGAAAUCAUCCAGGGACUCAAUAUUCAGGGAUUGAAUGCUGCUCUGUUUUGGGAGAAUCCAGAUGCUCGCCAGUAUGUGUCCCUUGUGCCUACCAGUGCUAUCUCUGGAGAUGGCAUGGGCAACCUGAUAUCUCUUGUGUGUGACAUGUGCCAACAGAGGCUGAGCCGGCGCCUCAUGUUCAACGAGGAGCUGCAGUGCACAGUGUUGGAGGUGAAGACUAUCCAGGGUCAUGGGACCACCAUUGAUGUCAUUUUGAUCAAUGGCAGACUUCGUGAGGGUGACACCAUCAUCCUGGCUGGCACUGAGGGCCCCAUUGUCACACAGAUCAGGUCUCUUCUCCUGCCCAAGCCACUUAAGGAGAUCAGGGUGAAGGGUCAGUAUGAUGAGUUCAAGGAGAUAGCAGCUGCGCAAGGUGUCAAGAUUGCUGCCCGGGACCUGGAGAAAGCCAUUGCUGGGCUGAACCUCCAAGUGGCCUACCAUGAAGAUGAGGUGGAACUCCUGAAGGAGGAGGUAGACAAGGAAUUCAAAGCUGCCAUGCGUUCCAUUAAGGUGAAGGAACGUGGGGUGUAUGUUCAAGCCUCCACCCUGGGAGCCCUGGAAGCCCUGCUUGAAUUCUUUAAGGCCAACAAUGUGCCUUACUCUGGAAUCCGUGUGGGACCAGUUGUCAAGAGGGAUGUGAUGAGGGCAGCAGCUAUGUUGGAACAUGACCCUAUGUAUGCUGUGAUCUUGGCUUUUGAUGUCAAGGUGGAGAAGGAUGCACAGGAGCUUGCUGACAAGGAGGGUGUAAAAAUCUUCUCUGAGGAAACUAUAUACCAUUUGGGUGACCGUUAUGUGGAGUAUAUUAAAGAAUACAAAAAGAAGAAACAAGAUGAGUUUAGAAGUGUAGCAGUAUUCCCUUGCAAACUCAAAAUCAUCCCAACUGCCAUUUUCAACAAGCGUGAUCCCAUUGUGCUGGGUGUGACUGUGGAUGCUGGUAUCCUGAGGACUGGUACUCCACUGUGUGUUCCUUCCAAAGAGUUUGUUGAGAUUGGCAUUGUGACAUCAAUGGAAUUUGACCACAAGAAUGUAGACCUGGCCAAGAAAGGUGUGGACGUGUGCAUCAAGAUUGAACCAGUUCCUGGCAAUACUCCAAAGUUGUUUGGUCGCCACUUUGAAAGUGAGGACCUGUUGGUGAGCAAGAUAUCACGAGAGUCUAUCAAUGCCUGUAAAGACUAUUUUAGAGAUGAUUUGAGCAAAGGUGACUGGAAACUAAUGGCUGAGCUUAAAAAAGAAUUUCAAAUACUUUAGAAUAUAAUUAAGAGAUUAGUGAAGAUCUAGGAUUGCCAUGUUAUUUAAAUAACAAAUUUGUAUGAUGUGUUUAACUUAUUAUCUCUAGGAGAUAGCUCACAAGUGAACACAAAAUAUUAAAUUAAUUAUUUAUCGAAUUGA